UUCUCCACAGAUGAAUCUUCCGGUCGUUCCCGUCCUCCUCCUCGUCUUCUCCACUGUCCGUGCUUUCCAGUACACUGAGCUGGCACAGUACGUGGACACCCAUCAGGAGGAAUAUGUGGAGGCUCUGCGGGACUGGGUAUCAGUGGAAAGUGAUUCCAGUAACGUCAUGAAGAGAUCAGACCUCCACCGCAUGAUGGAGAUGACGGCUGAGAAGCUGAGGAUGAUGGGAGGGACGGUGGAGAUGGUGGAAAUUGGAGAGCAAGAACUUCCUGAUGGGCAGACGUUGACGUUGCCCAAAGUGGUGACGGCUCAGUUUGGAAACGAUCCAAACAAAAACACAGUGUGUGUGUACGGACAUGUGGACGUCCAACCAGCAAAGCUAGAAGAUGGCUGGGCAACAGAUCCAUACAACCUGACUGAGAUCAACGGUAACCUUUACGGGAGAGGAGCGUCAGACAACAAGGCCCCAGUUUUAGCCUGGAUCCAUGCUGUGGGGGCCUACCAGGCCCUUAGCAUGGAGCUGCCAGUGAAUGUAAAGUUUGUCAUCGAGGGCAUGGAGGAGACCGGCUCUAACGGCCUGGACGCCAUGAUCCUGGCCCAGAGGGACACCUUCUUCACUGACGUGGACUACAUCAUCAUCUCGGACUGUGGCUGGCUCAGCAGACGGCCCGCUCUCACCUAUGGCACCAGAGGAAACUGCUACUUCUUUGCUGAGGUUGAAGGACCUAAACAGGACCUGCACUCAGGUGUUUAUGGAGGCACUGUGAUCGAACCAAUGACUGACCUUAUUGGGAUUCUGGACACUCUGAUAAACCCCAGUGGUAAGAUCCUCAUUCCUGGAAUCCGUGAGGCUGUGGCUCCUCUCUCUGAUGAGGAGUGGAGGAUGUACCAGGAUAUCCAGUUUGACAUCGAAAACUACAAGAACAAGAUAGGUGUCAGCCAGCUCAUGUACACCAACAAGGUGGAUUUGUUAGCUCACAUGUGGCGUUAUCCCACCGUUUCCAUCCAUGGCAUUGAGGGAGCUUUCUCUGACCCUGGCACCAAGACCGUCAUCCCUGCUAAGGUUACUGCUAAGUUCUCCAUCAGACAAGUUCCUGACAUGGACCCUGCUAUGGUGAAGAAACAGGUAACAGACUACCUCCACUCAGUCUUUGCCAAGAGGAAGAGUCCCAACAGGCUGAAGGUUACCAUGGUGAUCGGGGCCAAGCCUUGGCUGGCUGACACGAAGCAUCCUCUGUACGAGGCUGGCAAGGCUGCCAUCAAGAGAGUCUUUAACGUAGAUCCUGAUCUGAUCCGUGAGGGUGGAACCAUCCCGAUCGCCAGAACCUUCAAGGAUGUGACGGGAAAAAGCAUCAUCAUGAUGCCUAUUGGUGGAUUUGACGAUGGUCUGCACUCCCAGAAUGAGAAAAUGAGCAGGUACAACUACAUUGAGGGGACCAAGUUAUUCAUUUCCUACUUACAUGAGGUUUCCCAGAUUCAGAAGACCAGUGUGUGAUGAUCAACGACCUCUGGACUGCUGACAGCCGUCUGACUCAA